AUGUCACUUGCGGUCAAGAUCAUCCGCCGCAAUCAUCUCCAUUACGCAAUCAUCUCCAUUAAGGAAGUUUGGAUGAAGCAGAGCCGACCUUCAGGCCAGCACGCUUUAGUUACAACAAGAGUAGCUAGGUAUGUGUGCUGGAAUCUGGGUUUCGCUGGUCGUCUUUAUAAGCGCUCCAGUCCAGACCCAGAUCAAACAAUCCCCAAGCAACAUCCUACACCCAUUGAUAUAUUCGAACAUCAAGUUACUCAGAAACACUUCAGAGAUACAUUUGACUCUAGUACUAUGUCGAACUCUAAGCAAAAUCAAGAGAAGCCGAUGGUUGGAGACGACCAAUUUGGCCCUGCGAUGGCACAAAUGCCACCAUCCGAGAAGGGAAUCGAAGCACCCUAUCCGCUCGAUGAUCCACGCAUGAGCGAGCAGUUAACCUUCUACAAAGCGGCAACUGGCAUUCAAGACUCUGAGAAAUUGAAGGCUCAUAUCCUUGAGAUUCGAGCCGAAGGUUGCAAAACUUUCCCCUUUCCAUGUAUCUUGUGCUUUUAUUUCUUGCAGGGUAUGAUAGCUCGUCACCCAUUUUAUCACAAUGUGCGCAAGGAAAUUGAAAAGAAGUCAAACAACCGCAAGAUCUUCCUUGACAUUGGUGCUGGUAUGGGGACCGAUUUGAGACAGACUAUCUACUAUGGAUGGAACCGUGACGAUGUGAUAGGCGUGGACGUCGCUAGCGAGUGGAAACCUCUGGGAUAUAAACUCUUUAGAGACUCGGACCGCCCCAUCCCGUAUUUCUUGGGAAACGUCCUCGAACCCGAAGUCUUGGAUGUGAAAAGUUCCGCCAAGGUCGACCACGCGAAAAUUGAUCUUCAUUCAUUGAAAGACCUUAACCCUUUGAAGGGCGCAGCCAGGUUCAUCACCUUGAACCAACUCUUCCAUUUCUUUGAUGAAGCUGGACAGAGGAAAUUGGCGGAGCGUUGCGCGUUGUUGCUGUCCGAUGAAGCCGGCAGUACCAUCUUUGGCAUGCACAUUGGCGGUGUCAAAAAAGGGCUUGAAAGUCACAAGUCCGUAUCUUUCCCUAAUUUUUGCCUCAAGAGUACCAGUUUAACUAAUGAAAACAACUUAUCUGCCAUUGCUUCAAAUGAAAGGAUGUAUGUCCACUCUCCCGAAACCUGGAAAGAGUUAUGGGAAUCGAUCUUCGCCCCACGAAAAGUGAAGCUGGUUUCUGAGCUCGUGGACGUUGGCCCAGAAGCACAUCUCAUCCCACUCUUCCCAGGCUGCAGUUCCAUGCAACGCCUCUACUGGUCUGUUACCCUCGUCUGA